UCAUAAGAAUCGAUUCAGCCAAGCAUCGUUUGCUCUGAGCAUGCGUAAAAUACAAAAUGACGUCACUCUAGACUCACAUUGAGCAGAUCUUGUCGCGUGUGCCAGGCAACAGGCAGGCAGGAGUUACCCACAUGUGGAUGAAAGGAAAACACGACGUUGGACCAGGAUUUCAGCUGAACAGCUAACAAUGAAGAAAGAAAUCGCAGCCGUGGUGUUUUUCCUCAAGCGGUUAAUAAAGAAGGCUGAGAAGUUGGAUGCAGAAAAGAUGGACCUGUUUGUGGAACGGUUAACGGUAGCAUUACAGGAGAAGUACAGGGGUCAUUGGUAUCCAGACAACCCAAGCAAGGGCCAAGCAUUCAGGUGUAUCAGAGUAAACCGGUUUCAGAAAGAAGAUGCCGAAUUGUUCAGAGCAUGUGCUGAAAGUGGAGUGCAAUACAAAGAUCUUGGUCUGCCUAAAGAGCUAACUCUAUGGGUGGACCCUGGUGAGGUGUGUUGCAGAUACGGUGAGAAGAAUCAUGGUUUCACUGUGGCCACCUUCUCCAGUGAUGAUGAAGAUGAUAAAGAGGAUGUGACGAAAAGGGUGACGAGUGCUGUGGAGAGGGUCACGUCAGAUUACCAUUCUGGGUCAUCUUCUGAUGAGGACACCAGCUGUAGAGAGCCCCUGUUCACCCCACCUUUCCACCACCAACCUCCUUACCAGCUUAUAUAUGCCAGUCCCCAAAUAUGGCAGCCUGAACCAAGGAAGAAAUUUGGACCUGGGAAGGGGAACUAUCCUCCAAGGCCACACUACAUGCCCCGCCCCCCUUACAGACCUAACCACUCCUAUAAACCUCACACCUGGGUUCAGCACGGGUACCGUAGCAAGCACGGUUACUGGGCCGGCGCUCCUAAUCUAGCACACCAGCUCCUGUGACCACUGCAACUAUGUUUGUUAUUUGAUAUCAAUGUGAUAGAUGUUCAGUUGGAAAUUGUUUUUUGAAGUUACCACUAAGAUGACUGACCAAAUUUUUUAAAAAUGUAUUUUUCUAGUUCUAUUGUCACUUUUUUUUUGAAUUUGUGACUGGUCUAUUUUUUAAAGAUAACAGUAACUGUUUGCACUUUAGAUUAUUUGUAAUAGAGAGUGUAUCGUACAUAUUGGAUUAGAUGUAUUUCAAGUAUUUCAAUAUUUUUAUGGUAAUGGUAAUAUGUGCUUUAUUUAUGUUUAAUGGGAUCAUUGUAAUUUGAUAACACUUUACAUCGUUUUUGACAUAGUUUCAAUGACCAAAUGUAUUAUUUAUUCACAGUAAAGUAUUAUGUAUUGCAUAGACCACUUAAAUUAUGGAUAACAUUAAAAAACAUUUUCAAAUAUCAAA